AUGCAACAAAUAAGUGAGGGGAAACGGCAGAUAAUUGAAGGGCAAAGGAAAAUAACAGAAGGGAAGCAGUCAUUAGGUGUGCUGGACGACGCGGCUGAUGUGCUGGACAACGGGGAUGGCGUGCUGGGCAACGGGGAUGGCGUGCUGGGCAACGAAGCAGUUGGCAAAGAGCAACUGGCAGGUGGGAAAAAUGAUCGAAGAGACAAAAGCCCCAAGUUGAAGACAAACAUAAAAGCGGAUUGCGCAGCUGUUGGCACGUCCUCCAAAGGAGAAAAUAGGAACAACAAAAAAAGAAAUGACGUAGGAGGGAACGUUUUAAAUGCCGAAGAUGUGGAGAGAAGCCCAGUCAGAGCGGAGCAAACAAUGAGGGAGCGGCCGGAGGGAGAAGCCAAAGGGUUAAUAUUCCCAUCAGACAUCAAGUUAAUAUACGGAAGCAUAACCAUAACAGACAGAAAGGAAAAUCCAAAUGUAAAGAAAAAAGUUACCGCACUGUUUAGCAAAAACUUAUAUGACGUAGUGUUGCUUUAUUACGAAAUGCACUUUUACAACAACAUCGAUUCGUUCCAAGUGGAUGUGAAUGUGUACGAAAUUUAUAACGAUUUGAUCUGCUUGAUUGACGAGCUGUAUAGCAUGUAUAUUAUCGACUCGGAGAAGAAGCAGAGCUGCUACGUGUCUGGGGAUAUGGUCGAGAGGUAUCUUAGUAGGGAGUUGUCCGGGGGGUGGACAGAAAGGACUCAGGAAGAGCUGUUGCAGGAGUACUACAUUUUGAAGGGGGACAGAAAUAUACUCUUCAUAAAUUUCAAGCUAAUGAAGAUGGUGUAUUUAUCCGCCGUGUUCGACCUUGAGUUUUUUGGCGACGUGUGCCAGGAGAGGGUUUUCCUCUCGGAGGGGGGCCCCAUUAGCGGGGAUAAAGGCGUUCACGGCAGUAGCGGCGUUGACUCUGUUCGCGGGUGUAGCAGCGACAUCGACGUUUGCAGCGUCAGCUGCAGUAGCGGUGACACCCCUGUAGACAACGGCGACCGGCGCGCUGCACCACCAGGCAGAGCAAUCGAGGCCCCCUGGCAUGAUAACCGAGGUGAAAAGAAGAAGAGUAAUAAAAAAAAAGGCAUAUCGAAAAGGGCGGACAGGAGAAGUGACAGAAGGGAAAUCACGAGCCCUGUGCUGAAGUCCGAAGCGCUGCGACACCAGGAUGGGAAGAGUAUGGAAGCAAAUGCGGGCCGGGAGGACGAAGAAGAGGAAGUAUUUCCUAUUGAGGAAACCUCCCCCGUUGAGGAAGCCCCUCCUUUCGAGGAAAGCUACAUCCGAGAAGACCAGAAACUGUGCUACCGCAUUUUGUGUGACGAGCAACCAUACAAGGCCCUGCUGAUAAAAGACGAGCUUAACCUGAGUUCGUCGGACGAUGGGGAUAGCUACCAUGAGGGGGCUACCACCUCCGUAAAGGAAGUCACCUCGUCGAGUCCCUUGAGGGGUGUAGAGCAAAACAGGGCUACCGCUCUAAGCAUUGACAGCAGCGUGAAUUUAGGGAGUUUGGCCAACUUGACCAUCUCGUCUAACAUUACCAGCUUGGGGAACGUUUUAAGCUGCGCCUCCGCGGAAGGGUCCCACCCGGCCAGCAGCGAAAACGAGAGGGAUAGCAUCACGCAAGGGAGACACAGCCGUGUAUACACCAAGUCGAAAAGGAACAAAGGGAUACUCUCCUAUGCAUCUCCACAUGAGAAGUCAAUUAGUAUCCCCAAAGAUAUCCUAAACAUAACAUCUUUGUUGAGCACCCCCAUUUUAUCACUCAGCAAUCUGAAGAGCCUAAAUCAGGUGAAUUUUUCAUACGGUUAUAGUAGAACGAAGAAAGAGCUGUAUAACUAUUGUUAUGCUUACCUAGUGAGCAUACAUAAUGGGUAUGACGUUAUCCCCAUGGAGGGAUAUAAAUUCAGACCCAUCAUAAUUGAUGGUGCAAAUGUGUCAGCCAAGGUUAUCCAUAAACCGAUUUCCAAUGUGGUAGAUAGCGAUAUGUCCAUAAUAUAUGACUGCUUCUUAUUACAUGAGGCAUAUGUGUUUUUUAAAAGAAAAAAAGUGGAUGAUAUUAUCAUUGUUUUAAACCCUGUGACGAAGAAGGGGGAGGAGUAUUUUUUGGGAAACAAGAAAGUGUGCAAUUAUUCCUAUUUAGAAAGCUUAAUAAAGCAGAAUGCCAUACUGAUUUGCAACGAGAAGUAUUACCACAGUUACAAGGGGGACGUCGUGAAACGGCGCACGUACGACGACGUGUUGAUCCUGGAGCUGGCCUCUCACAGAAAUGGCUGCGUCAUCUCUAAUGACAACUACACGGACAUAGAGGCAGACACCGCGUGCGAAGAGAUAAAGCACGUUAUAUCGCAUUACGUCGUGAAGCAUCAUUACGACAAGCACACUGGAUUCGGCUUGGACAUGACGAAGAAGCCUUUGAAAUUUGUCUUAAAUUCUCUCUUCCAGAAAAUUGAUUAA